UGAAGAAAAACUGAUCAGACCCACUUCUCAUUCUUGAAGCUGGAAUAAAUCCGACAACCUCAGGUCAAGGAGUUGAAUUUAAGGAGCAUCAUGCCAGUACGGAGGGGACACGUCGCGCCUCAGAACACCUUCCUGGACACCAUCAUCCGAAAAUUUGAGGGCCAAAAUCGUAAGUUCAUCAUAGCCAAUGCACGAGUAGAGAACUGCGCCAUCAUCUUCUGCAAUGACGGAUUCUGCCACAUGUGUGGCUACACACGUGCUGAGGUGAUGCAGAAGUCAUGUACCUGCAGCUUCCUGUAUGGGCCUCACACAGGCAGGUCUGCUGUGGCCCAGAUGGCUAAAGCAUUGAUAGGCUCAGAGGAGAGGAAGGUGGAGAUCUCCCUCUAUAGGAAAGAUGGAGUGUGUUUCCUGUGCUUGGUGGAUGUUGUUCCAGUCAAGAAUGAGGAUGGACUGGUCAUCAUGUUCAUCCUGAAUUUUGAGCUGGCAGACCAGAAGAAAAGCACUGCUGACAGUUCACCACUGAAAGAGCACAACCACAGAUUCACAAUUCCAUGGCUUUCUAAAGCUUGUAAACCCAGGUUCAGGCUGCCCCGGCCUUUGUUUAACUCUCUGAGCAGCAGCAAGUCGUCUCUGCCUGAUGAUGCUGAGUUGGGUCACAUGCACAAGAUGCCUCACAUGGGCCAUGAGUCAGUGGCCUUGGACAAACUUUUAUCCUUGCCAGAACGUUCGGCACUAGGUCGGCUUCCAUUGCUCUUGUGGGAUGAUGAACCCCCUUUAGAUCCUCACUGUGAGCUUCAGUCUUCACCACCAUCCCAACCCUCAUUCCAUGGUUUUUUGCAGUCCUCCCCAUGGCUAGACUGCCCAAAGAAUUCGCCCUCCAACUGCAGCAUGUCCCACAGCCGCUCAUGUGAAAGCCUUUGUAGCACACGUCAAUUGCCCUCUACCAGUGUCUGCACAUGGGACAGGAAGCUUCCCAUCAGACCCAACAGCAUGGGUGCCAUGCAUUGUAAAGCCAGUUUGCCUAACUCAACAUCAGAUUCGGACCUGGUACGGUUCCGCAUGGUCAAUACGAGUCCUCUAGCAUCACACAAAUUAAUCGAAUUCAAACCAGAUCCCUUGGUGACUCUCCCUUCCAGUGAGAUUGAUAUAAUUGCACCUUGCAAGCUGAUUGAUCGUACCCACAAUGUGACUGAGAAAGUCACUCAGGUACUGUCUCUGAGUGAUGAUGUCCUCCCUGAGUACAAGCUUCAGGCUCCCCGCAUUCACAAUUGGACCAUCCUGCACUACAGUCCCUUCAAGGCUGUAUGGGACUGGGUUAUUCUGUUACUGGUUAUCUACACGGCCAUCUUCACACCAUACUCAGCAGCCUUCCUGCUAAGUGAUGAGGAGGAGGCUGCCAGGCAGCGCUGUGGAUACUCCUGCAGUCCUCUCAAUGUGGUGGAUCUCAUUGUAGAUAUAAUGUUUGUUAUUGAUAUUAUCAUUAACUUUCGCACAACUUAUGUCAAUACCAAUGACGAGGUGGUCAGCCAGCCCGGCCGCAUCGCUGUGCACUACUUUAAAGGCUGGUUCCUCAUUGACUUGGUGGCUGCAAUUCCAUUUGACCUGCUUAUCUACCGCUCUGGAGAGGAGACAACCACUCUGAUUGGUCUGCUGAAAACAGCUCGGCUGCUGCGAUUAGUACGUGUGGCACGUAAACUGGACCGGUAUUCAGAGUAUGGAGCAGCAGUGCUGUUCCUGCUCAUGUGCACCUUUGCAUUAAUUGCACACUGGCUGGCAUGUAUCUGGUAUGCUAUAGGGAACGUGGAGAGAAGUGGUUCAUCUCGAAUCGGCUGGCUACACUCACUGGGAGAACAGCUUGGCAAGCCUUAUAAUGAGACAAUUCCAGCCUCUGGACCAACCAUUAAAGACAAGUAUGUCACUGCGCUUUACUUCACCUUCAGCAGUCUGACCAGUGUGGGCUUUGGGAAUGUCUCACCAAACACCAACUCUGAGAAGAUCUUCUCAAUUUGUGUUAUGCUCAUUGGUGCAUUGAUGUAUGCCAGUAUCUUUGGGAAUGUGUCAGCUAUUAUCCAGAGACUUUACUCUGGAACUGCUCGCUACCACACCCAGAUGCUACGGGUGCGAGAGUUCAUUCGCUUCCACCAGAUCCCCAAUCCACUAAGGCAGCGACUAGAAGAGUAUUUCCAACAUGCUUGGUCCUACACCAAUGGCAUUGAUAUGAAUGCUGUGCUUAAGGGAUUUCCUGAAUGCUUGCAGGCAGACAUUUGUCUGCAUCUGAACCGCACUCUGCUACAGAACUGCAAAGCUUUCAAAGGCUCCACCAAAGGCUGCUUACGUGCCCUAGCCAUGAAAUUUAAGACAACCCAUGCCCCACCAGGAGACACUUUGGUCCAUGCAGGCGAUGUCAUUUCAGCCCUCUACUUUAUCUCCCGAGGCUCCAUUGAAAUCCUGAGGAGAGAUGUGGUAGUAGCCAUCCUGGGAAAGAAUGAUGUAUUUGGGGAACCCAUUAAUUUGUACACAAAGCCUGGGAAGUCGUGCGCUGAUGUAAGAGCACUGACCUAUUGCGAUCUGCACAAAAUACAGAGGGAGGAUGUUCUGGAGGUGCUGGACAUGUAUCCAGAAUUCUCUGAUUACUUCUGGAGCAACCUGGAGAUCACCUUCAGCCUUAGAGAUGUAGGUACCGAUGCUGAAAAAAUAAAGAAAUAGCCACUGUUGGAACUUGUUCCCAAAAAAUCCCCAAUGCAUUUGUUUAAUAAU